AUGGCGGCUUACUGGGUGGUCGGUCUCUCACUUGCUGCAUCCAUCGCCAUCAUCAGGUGGUGGCUCCUACCCAAGCCCUACCCGUAUAUCCCAUACAACAAACAGUCGGCCAGUCGUAUCACCGGAGAUAUUCCUGACUUGGUCCCUGUCAUGAAGGAAUGCAACCAAGUCUCGCACUCCAUGUUCACCAUUACCACCCGCAAACUCGGUACUCCAAUUGCCCAACUGCUCUUUCCCAAUAUCCGCAGACCUUUCGUCAUCCUUGAAGACCCAAGAGAAAUCGAAGACAUUCUCCUCCGCCGGGGAAAAGAAUUCGACCGAGCGGCUACGCCUUCUGCCAUCUUUCAACCCAUGUUCCCGCAAGCCACAGUCGCUCAGUUUACCACGCCCAAGCUCAAGGCCCAGAAACGUCUCUGGGCUGAUGUUACCAGCGCCGAGUUCCUGCACAAGGCCGCGGCGCCAAACAUCUACAAGGCUACCAUUGAGCUGCUGGAAUAUUGGCGGCUCAAAGCUGCGACUGUUUACAAGGACCAAGCCUUCAAUGUUCAUGUUGAUUUUCAACGUGCAACUUUGGACGCCAUAUGGGUGGCUACCAUGGGCGAGGAACCUGGAUUGAUCAGGUAUGAAAUGAACAAGCUGCAAUACCAACUCGAGGGCAAGUCACAGGAGGAGUUGGACAAACUCCCGCUCCCCAAGGGCAUGUUUCUGAGAGAUGAAGUAAGAUAUAUUGGCGACGCUGUUGAGCGAAACACAAACUCUCCCCUGCCAAAAUGGGCAGCCAAGCUGGAAACAUUCAGACCGCGGUACCGCCAAUUCCGAGCCGUCGUUACAAAGGAACUAACGCAGGUCAUGACGACAGCUAUUGAUCGCUUUGAGCGGUUGGAGCUUCAUGCCCUCGAGGCCGAUGAGUCUGACACAUGCAUGAUGGACUUUGUCCUGAGGCGCAAGGUGAUUGAGGCUAGGAAAGCACAAAAGCCCAUGGCCGAUCUGACCAAAGAUCAAGAGUUGCUUGAUGAGAUGUUUGUCAUGUUGGUUGGCGGUCACGACUCAACUGCCAAUGUGCUGGCGUGGUUUACGAAAUUUAUGGAGGCAUAUCCUGUCGUCCAGAAUGAGCUUCGGUUACAACUUAGAACGGCGUUUCCCGGUCCUCAUCUUCCUUCGGUACAGGAGAUUCUUACUACUAGUAUACCGUACUUGGACGGCGUAUGUGAGGAGGGUUUCCGCUUGGCUGGAGUGGCCAAGGCAAACUUUCGUCAAGCCACUGUCGAUACCCAGAUCCUCGGCUAUCCUAUUCCCAAAGGCACGGAGAUCUUCCUCAACUUUCACAUGGAUACCACACCUGCACCUGUGGAUGAUUCAAAACGCACAGCUAGCUACAAAACUGCCACUGCCAAGCAUGGUGAUCUUCUUCAAGGUAACGCAGGGCGGGAUCUGAAUCGGUUCGAGCCUCGAAGAUGGUUAGCUUUGGAUCCGAAAACAGGCAACGAGACCUUUAAUCCCAAUGCAUUGCCAGCCCUAGCAUUUGGUGGUGGCAUUCGGGGCUGCUCCGGACGCAAGCUUGCCCAGAUGGAGUUCCGCCUUAUUGUCACGCUGUUGAUACUGAGGUUGGAAUUUCUCGAAUUACCUGAGGAAUACAAAUCGAUGGACGCUAUUGAACGGGUGUUCAGGGCUCCCAAGUAUAUUCCCAAUUGCAGCCAGGAGGUUCAUAACGUCGUCACUUAUGCUGCGUAG